GAGCAGUUGACAAGGAUGUUGAUGAAUCCUCCUACCCAUCUGCCGAACCUAGAAGAGUAUAAAUACGGUGGACAUUCUUCGACUGUCGGUAUAGUUGUUCUGCCAACCGAAAGCAAUACAAAUCAAUCUACAAUGUUUGCCAAAAUCAUCUUCUUCUUCGGCCUGCUGGUUGCUGCUGCCUACGGCAAGCCCGUGUUCCCGUUGGCCUACUCGGCCCCGCUCGUUGCGGCUCCUUCGGUAGCGGUUGCAUCUCCACUGGCCACCCCGUUCGCCACGGCGGCCUACACUGCUGCUCCUUUUGCUGCGGCUUACACGGCUUCGCCCUACGCGUACAGUGCUUAUCCCUACAGUGCGUACGGAUCGCUGCUGCUGUAAAAUGAAUCUCCUGCUACCACAUUAUAAGGGACAAUUGCUUUUGGUUAUGUUUGGAAAAUAAAUUUUUAUUGCAAUCGUAAAA